UAUUCCGUACAGCCCAGGCAUGGAGGAGGGUGGGGGACGCAGGCCCGGCGUGUGUGCACCUGGUGUCGUAGUUGGGUCGGGGCGGCGGCGUGUGGUACCUUCCAGGACGGCUCGGGGCGCAGCCGGUGCGUUUGGUAUAUUCUACUGAGGGGCCUUUGACAGGCGGGGAGGAGAGAGGACUGAGUUCCGGUCGGGGAAGGCUUAUUUCCGGUCGGAAAAGGCACACUUCCGGCUGGGGACUGGCCGCGGCCUGGUCAUCGCGCCUCGUCUCCCGCCUGCUUUACCCUGGUCGCUGCGGCCGCGGCCCGCGCGUGGGAGCCGCUAUGAUCCUCCCGCGCCUCCUGCUUUGGCCCGCGUCUCCUGGCUGCAGCGGAGGAAACGCACUUCCGGCAACGUAGCGGAGGCUUCCGGGCCCCGAGCCAGUCCGUCACUUCCGGCGCUGGGCCCAGGCUCGGCGUCCGUGCAGGGAGGAGCGGGCGGGCCGGGCCGGGCCGGGCCGGGGCUGGGGCUCGCGCGGCCGCAGGAUGCAUAUCUAUUGAUGCUAAGGUAGUCUCAGAGAAUCAUCUUGGCUGUUAGGAAGCAUCAGAGACCUGUUAGUUUCCCCAGCACUCGGAAGGUGUUGGAGUCAAGUAAGGAGAUGAAGCACAGGGGAAUGUGAUAAAGGGAAUUGUAUUGAUAAGGGAGGAGUCAGGGUUUCUAUUCAGCCUCUCAGAAGAUUAAAGAGGAUGUUGCAUGAAAUAUAAAAAAAUGGAGUCAUGGCUACCACCAAUCCUCUGGAGAACUUGCAGGUGGAGGCGAGCUGCUCCGUGUGCCUGGAGUACUUGAAAGAUCCAGUCAUCAUAGACUGUGGCCACAACUUCUGCAGGGCCUGCAUCACCCGUUGGUGGGAGGAGCUGAACCGAGAUUUCCCCUGUCCUGUCUGCCGCAAGACUUUCCGCCACCGCACCUUGAAGCCCAACCGACAGUUGGGGAACAUGGUGGAGAUCGCCAAGCAGUUGCAGGCCACCAAGCGCAAGGUGCGGGAUGAGAGUCUGUGUGAGAAGCAUAAUGAGGUGCUCAACCUCUUCUGCAAGGAGGAUCAGGAGGCUGUCUGCCUAGUCUGUGAGAUUUCCCACGACCACCGCUCCCACACCGUGGUACCCCUGGAUGAUGCCUCCCUGGAGUACAAGGAGAAGCUGCAGCAGUGUCUGGAGCCACUAGAGCGGAAGCUGCAGGACAUUGCUAACUGCAAAUCCCGGGAGGAGAAGAAGCCUGGGGAGCUGAAGAGGAGGGUGGAGAACCGACGUCAACUCAUCAUCAGUGAGUUCGAGGAGCUGCACCAAUUCCUGGAGGAGGAGCAGCAGGUCCUGUUGCGGCACCUGGAGGAGGAGGAGAAGGAGAUCCUGCAGAAGCUGAAAGACAACGUGGCCCAACUGUCGGACCAGCGCCUCUCCCUCAACCGCCUCAUCACUGAAAUUGAGGAGAAGUGCCUGCAAUCAGGCAUAGAGAUGCUCAAGGACAUAAAGAGCACCCUGGAAAGGUGUGAAUUGGUCCAAACCAUGGAGCUGGCUUCAGUCCCCAUCGAGCUGGAGAAGAACUUCUGCAGCUUCCCCCGGCAGUACUUCGCUCUCCGGAAGAUCAUUAAGAGAUUGAUCGGGGAUGUGACACUUGACCCUGAAACAGCCCACCCCAACCUGGUACUCUCAGAAGACCGAAAGAGCGUCAAGUUUGUGGAUACCCGAUUGCGGGACCUACCUGACACCCCACGGCGCUUUACCAUCUACCCCUGCGUCCUGGCAGCUGAAGGCUUCACCUCAGGCCGUCACUACUGGGAGGUGGAGGUGGGUGACAAAACCCACUGGGCUCUGGGUGUGUGCAAAGACUCGGUGAGCCGCAAGGGUGAGCUGACGCCCCUGCCAGAGACAGGCUAUUGGCGUGUGCGGCUGUGGAAUGGGGACAAGUAUGCAGCCACCACCACCCCCUUUACCCCACUGUACCUACGUGUCAAGCCAAAGCGGAUCGGCGUUUUCCUGGACUAUGAGGCUGGGAAGGUCUCCUUUUACAAUGUCACUGACCGCUCCCACAUCUACACCUUCACUGACACUUUCACUGAGAAGAUCUGGCCCCUCUUCUAUCCAGGCAUCCGUGCGGGGCGCAAGAAUGCAGCUCCCCUCAUCAUCCGGUCUCCCACAGACUGGGAGUGAUGGGACGUAGGGCUCCUGGGGCAGGCACAUCAGCUUGCUGGACUACCAACGGCAGGGUGUGGGUUGUAUCAGUCUAUAUGGACUUGUGGAGGGGGAAUCAUGCCACCCCUUCCUCCACCCCAUCAGAUGUGGUGGAGAUGCAUAUUGAGCCCAACCUUGCAAACUAGGAGCCUUGGGUUGCUGUGGCCCUCCAUGGAUUGGCAAUCACCCUGAGAGUUUGGAUCUUGUUUCUCCCAUUCACUGGGCCUUGGAUGGGGGUAUAGUGCUGACUGCCUUCCAAGAGGCCCUGCAGGUUACCAUGGACUGGGGAAUGCUGGUAAGGAGCCAGAAUGGAUCACAGACUCCCUUUUGUCCUAUAAAUAAUAUAUGGGGCAGGGGGAGGGAGGGUGAAAUCCCACAGUUCUCCCACUCUAGACCCUCCUCCCCAGGUGGGCUGUUCUGAGAUGACAGGAAGUCUUGGCCCAAACACAUGGGAUAGAUCAAUUUUGGGCUUCCUCUGGGCCAGGUGUGAGCAGAGCCAGGGAUUAUAUCCUGCACAAGCUGUCUGGGACACUGAGGAAAAAAGAAACUCCAGACUCUCCUUUUCCUCCUCUUGAUUAUCCAUUGAGACCCAUUAUCCCUGCAGCAGUGCUGGCAGACCACAAAGAUUAACCAUCUAGUCUUCUGCCACACCUCCCUGCCAGACCUGAGAACAGAACCAAGAGUCCUGUCUCUCUUCAGUUUGGUACAACCACUAGGUGGUCCUGCCUCCAGGUGGGGAAUAGGUUGUGGCCCUCAGGGUCCAAAAGACUCUUUCUGUCCAGAACACAAGAAAGAGGUGGCAGACUUGGAAAGGACUUACCCAGAGCUGUUCUAAUGCAACACAAUUUUUAUGAGAUCCAGAUGGAAACAGGAGCCAAAAUAUUAGGUGUUCUACAUACACCCAUACUCUCAUACUAUUUUUUACUACAUUUUUCUGUGCAUUCUUACACUGUUCUUGACACCUUUUUCCUCUUCAACAAAGUUUGCAAGUGCUUGCUUUGCCUUCCAGUGAUCUCAGUUGCUAUGCAGUCCCUGGCAGUAAUGGACACUAGCAAUUUUUAUGGUUAUAGGCAGAGAUAUGGAAGCCCAUUAUAAUCCUGUGUUGUCUGUAAGAGGCCUUGUUUGGUGCCAUUCCUCCCCACUAGUAUUAUCCCUAGCAGCAUAAUCUGUGAGGGACUUAACCCUGGUAGUGGAAGAUCGGAUGUCCCAUCUUGUCCCUUUUAGCCAGGGUGGCCUUAUUGGAGGAGGAGAAAGCAGUGCAUUGUGGAACCUUGAAGGACUUUCUAGCAACCCCUCAUUUUCCCUGGGCAGCAUUUCUCUCAUGGAGGAAUUAUGGGGUAGUCCCAAGGGAACUGUGGGAUUGGGUAGGACAAUGGGAGCCUUGAGAGCUUUCUUCUCCCAUUUGAAGCUGUUUGCAAUUCUCUGGGUUAUGGAAACUACCAGGAGCUCUGGGAUGCUUAUGUAACACUCUUCCUCUGGAGCUUUUUAAAGAGGAGAGGGGACCAUGGGAUGAAAAUAAAACAAUGCAGGAACAGCACAGAUGCUGUCUCCACAAGUUCAUGCAAUGGUGGGGAAAGGACCACCCACAGGGAACAGACAAUUUGAGCGUAUGGGGAGUACCCCGUAACUCUGUUGGAUUCAGGCCCCCUGUUUAAUCGGUGAACCCAAGAGUAAGUGGCCGUGCAGACCCUGAACCCAAUCCUUCCCAACUCUUCACAGCUGUGUCCCCAGUAAGUCCCCUACCCCAUUCCACUGUCACAGCUGAUUCUUGAUUAUUAGCAUCUAUGCACUCAAGUGUUGUACUGGGGAAGUUUGCCUCUUAUCAGACCCAGAGUGGAGUUACCAGAAGACCAGAGUUAGAGUUAAAACACAGGCCUGCAACAGAGUCCAGUAUCUGAGGUGACAGAAGAGCUGGGGGUGGCAGUCCAUCUCGCCAGACAAGAAAAUAAGUCAGAUAUGCUUGGAGCUGGGAGGCUUCUCCCUCUCUCCCAACAUAGGGGUGCAGGCAGAGGUUUUGAGAGAUGGUUCAGCUCCCUCAGCCACACCCCACCCAUGGGAGCUGGCUUUUGUUAUCCACCACACCCCAAGGGGAGAGGGGGGCAAGCUUAGGAUAAAAGUGCCUUCUGGGCCCAAUCCCAGCCCACCGGAUAGGGCCAGAAAGCUGAACCCCUGGUCAUGUGAAGUUUGGGAAUCUAGUUAGUGUUUGGCCAGCGCUCUACCCAGUCCACUCCAGACCAGAUGAUUUUGCUCUUUUCUUCAAGAGCAGGUUACCAGUAGCAGAUGGUGACCCAAAACAGCUAUUCUUUCAGUAAAAACCAUGCAUCAGAUGCUAUUCAACCCACCGGGCACCUUUAAACGCAAUCCUACCUAACCCUAAAACUGAAUUAAUGCACCUACUUCUGUUAUGUGCCUUUAACUUAACUUUAUGCCUAAGUCACAGAAAUAUGUGAGAAUGCUUAGCUGCCUAAUAAGGGGCCAGGAUCUAGCCUUUUGUAUCUAUACUUGAACCACUUCAUCAACAUGGGAAUACCAGCAAAGCAUUCCUAGCGGAAGUGUAGCUGUAACUGGCUGAACUUUGCUUUGUAAUGAAACGCAUAUGGCAAAAGCAGCUCUUGCAGCGAACACGUAGUUUGGCAGUGUGAUUUAAUCAUAGAUUCUAGGGUCGGAAGGGACCUCAAUGGGCCAUUUAGUCUGACCCCCUGCCCCUGGCAGGCAAGAAAAGGGUCACCAAACCUGGGAUCAUGUGCUCCCAGCCAGGUGCCUGUCCAGUCUCCGCUUGAAGACCCCCAAGGAUGGGGCGAGCACCACCUCCCUUGGAAGCCCCUUCCAGAUCCUGGCAACCCUGACUGAAGACCUUUUUUCUAAUGUCCAGUCUAAACCUACACUCCAGUAGUUUAUGGCCAUUGUUCCUUGUUGUUCCAGAGGAUGUCCUGGUAAACAGAUCAUCGCCUAAUUCAUGUUGCUUUCCCCUGAUUAAUUUGUACGCUGCCACAAGGUCCCCUCUCAGCCUUCUCUUGGAGAGGUUGAAGAGGUUAAGGUUCCUUAGCCUGUCCUCGUAGGGCCUUCCCUGCAGGCCUCCAAUCAGAGGAGUGGCUCUUUGGACCCUCUCCAGGUUGUCCGCAUCCCACUUGAACUGCGGCAUCCAGAACUGGACUUCAGGCCACAGCUGGAGGGAGAAUCACCUCCCUGGACCUGUUUGUGAAGCACCUAUGGAUGCACAACAAGGUGCGAUUGGCUUUGCCAUCUACUUCAUCACAUUGACGACUCAUGUUCAUCCUGGAGUCAUCUUCACUAGGGACUUGAGAUUGCACCUCUCCACUCCUGAUCUACACAGCUGGUAUCAGGGUUGCUAAAACAUAGAUUCUAAUCCAUAUGCCAGUUACUGGGCUCCAAGCCAGAUGUUAGGUAAAGUUCAUUUUCCGGUAGUAGCUAGAGUAGAGAUCGAGGCCAGAUUCAACGUGCUGCUCCUGUAACAGUCUGUGCCCCAACUGCUUCCAAUAUCAAUAGACAAGAUAAAAGGGUGAGAGAGCAAUCAGGGAAAGAGAACAAGCCAGGAGUCACUCAACAUGGCAUAGACAGAGCUGGGAAUAGAAUUCAGGUGUUGGGAAUUCCAGGGAGUCAUGUCUGCUAGGUGGUACCACCUCUUAAACCAGGACCGUCUGCCCUCCAGGCACUCUACAGAAAACCGUCCUUCAUCUAAAGCAGUGGUUCUCAACCUUUUUUGUACCAGGACCCAUUUGCGAAGAUCGAUGGUUUGUCCUGACCUGCACCCCCAGCUUCCUCUGUCCUGCUUGGGCCAGAGGGUGAGCAGUGAGUACUGCCCCCAUCCCAUCCCAUCCCCACCAGCAGUGAGUGCGGGCCUCUGCAUGGCAGCAGCCCCUUGCUGCUAGCCUAGUCAUACUGCUCCCCACCGCGAAGGACCGCAGUGCCAUGCCUGGCUGGCACAUAUGUGCGCGCAUGCAUGUACACCCCUGCCCUCCCCCAGUUCUCCAGACAGUCCCCUGGACUUCCAUCCCCUGCUCCCUUUACACUUAGCUGCAUCCAGUGGGUGGGGCUGCUCCCAUGAUUUGGCCUCGCUGUAUGCCGGCCAUGCAUCUGUGUGUGCAGAUGCACGUGCGCCCACUGCCUCCAAUUGUUCCAUGCAUCCACUUGCAGGCUAGAAAGCUGCCAGCCUUCAGGGGAAACCUGCACUUCCACAGUUUUUUUCUGGGACUUCCUCAUGACCCUUUCAGAUAUUCUUGCAGUCCAUUUUUGGGUCGCAACCCACUGGUUGAGAAAUGCUGAUCUAAAGAACAUGCAGCAGGAGAGGUGAAGGCAGCCAUCACUAGUACAGCAGAGUUAACAGCAGCACUGCAGAGUACUUGCCCACUGAGGGCUGAAAUGCAGCCACCUCUAGAGUGGGACAUGGCAACUCCUUUCAGUGUUGAUAGACCAGGUAUCAUUUCAGGAAAGGGGAUUUUUACAACAGCCAGGGUGCCUGUGUUUGUAUCUUCUGUUCCUUCAAGGAGUGGGGAGGAUAAGUGGUCCCUGUUCAUAGGUGAGAGAGGUGUGUGUAGCAAGCAAACCAGAGACUCAAGCUUAGAGCAUUGAAUUCUCCUUGAACAUGCCUCUUCCAGGAAAAAACAGCAACUAGAGAGCCUAGGCUGGGUGAGGGACUUUCCUGGCUUGUGGCAGCAGGGAAUGGGAUAUAGACUCUUUCCCUUCCAGGGCCACUGGCUCUAGCUUCAGCUAUCUAAAGUCAAAAUGUGUCCCAUCUGGAGGCUACUACAUUCCCAUCACCUUCCUCACCAGCAGCAAUCAGGUCCUAUAUGGGCAGCCACAGCUGGGUGCAUGGGGUGAGGCUGUGAUGGGCUGUGUAGCUUCAGCCCCCUGAAGUAGGACACCUCCAGAUGUUGAGCAGAAGUCUAUGCCCCAUGGGGGCCACUGCAUGUGCUAGGAAGGAGCUCUCCCUUCCAAAAUGUGAGGGUUAAUGUCUGCACUGCUCUUGUUCCUAGCUGUUUGCGUUGGAACCUGUCUCUGUGGCUUGUAUCAUAUAAUGUCCUACAGCUAUCAUCAAUAAACUUAUUUCUUAGA